CGUGUUUCAAAAGUAGGGGUUGUUUUGGUCAAGUGUGGUGAGCUCUUUUCGUUGUCCAAAUCAAGAGAGGCUGUCAAAAUGGGAGUCCAUCAACUCGUCAGUAACAACAGACCAACACGCAGACAGAAGAAAAACUAUGCUGUGGCCAAAGAGAAACGCAAAGUCCGUAAAGCAAAAAGAGGACCGAAGAAAAUUGCGUUGGAAGACAUUCACCUUUUAAGUGAUGAACAGAUCAAGCGUAAAGUUGCUCAUCCCAACAGCAACAUCACAGUGUCCGGAAAACGCAGGCGUAAAAUGUUGAAGCGUCUGCGACAUUCCAAGAGGGAACAGAACAAGAUGGAUGGUGAGAAAGAAUUUCUUGUUGCAGAAAUAUGGGCAGCUGUUUGGGGGAUUUUGAAAGGAUUCCCAAUACAAAUCUAUUUUAGCUUCUAAUAAGAGAUGGUAGCGUCAAGCUGAUGGAAAGAU